GUUGGGGUUUGGGAUUGUGUUGGCGAGAAGACGCCCCGCCACUCGCCCAGCCGAGCCCCCUAAAAGCCUGUUUUGAUGUUCUCCAUCCAGGAAGGUCUCCCCAGAGGUGGGCUGACCAUGAAGGAAGAGCCUUUGACCAGCGGGCUGUCCGCAGUGAGGUCUUGGAUGCAAAGCUCUGGCAUUCUAGAUGCCAACACCGCAGCGCAAAGCGGUGUCGGACUGGCCCGGGCCCACUUCGAGAAGCAGCCGCCCUCCAACCUGCGGAAGUCCAAUUUCUUCCACUUUGUGCUGGCCAUGUACGACCGGCACGGGCAGCCGGUGGAAAUUGAGAGGACCUCCUUCAUUGACUUCGUGGAGAAGGACAGGGAGCAGAACGGGGAGAGGACCAACAACGGCAUCCACUACCGCCUGCAGCUGCUGUACAGCAACGGACUCCGGACAGAACAAGACCUCUAUGUACGGCUCAUUGACUCCAUGUCCAAGCAGGCAAUCAUCUAUGAAGGACAAGACAAGAACCCAGAGAUGUGCCGUGUGUUGCUGACGCAUGAGAUCAUGUGCAGCCGCUGUUGCGACAAGAAAAGCUGCGGGAACCGCAACGAGACGCCCUCCGACCCCGUCAUCAUCGACAGAUUCUUCCUCAAGUUCUUCCUCAAGUGCAACCAGAACUGCCUAAAGAAUGCAGGGAAUCCCCGGGACAUGCGCCGCUUCCAGGUCGUGGUCUCAACGACCGUGAAUGUGGAUGGCCACGUCCUCGCUGUGUCCGACAACAUGUUUGUCCACAACAACUCCAAGCACGGGCGCCGGGCACGGAGACUGGACCCUUCCGAAGCUGCCACCCCCUGCAUCAAAGCCAUCAGCCCCAGCGAAGGCUGGACCACCGGCGGAGCCACCGUCAUCGUGAUCGGGGACAAUUUCUUUGACGGGCUGCAGGUGGUCUUCGGCACCAUGCUGGUCUGGAGCGAGCUCAUCACGCCGCACGCGAUCCGCGUCCAGACGCCGCCGAGGCACAUCCCCGGGGUGGUGGAAGUGACGCUGUCCUACAAGUCGAAGCAGUUCUGCAAGGGGGCGCCGGGACGCUUUGUCUACACCGCCCUGAAUGAGCCAACCAUCGAUUAUGGGUUUCAGCGCCUGCAGAAGGUGAUUCCUCGGCACCCUGGGGACCCUGAGCGGUUGCCCAAGGAGGUGCUUCUCAAGAGGGCCGCUGACCUGGUGGAGGCUUUGUACGGGAUGCCACACAACAACCAGGACAUCAUCCUGAAGCGGGCAGCGGACAUCGCCGAGGCCCUGUACAGCGUCCCGCGCAACCCCAACCAGCUGGCCUCGCUGGCCGGCAACCAUGCGCACGCCGGCGUGAUGGGCGUCAACUCCUUCGGCAGCCAGAUGGCCAUCAACCUCAGCGACGCCGCGCCGGGCUCGGAGCAAGGGUACACACGCAACACGAGCAGCGCCUCGCCGCGGGGGUACGUGCCCAGCUCCACCCCCCAGCAGAGCGGCUACAACACCAUCACGUCCAGCAUGAACGGCUACGCGGGGGCGGCCAUGACCAGCCUCGGGGUGCCUGGCUCCCCCAGCUUCCUCAACGGCUCCACCGCCAACUCCCCCUACGCCAUCAUGCCCGCCAGCCCGCCGCUGGGGGCCUCGUCCAUCGCCAGCUCUUCCACGCCGGCGGGGGUCUUCUCCUUCUCCCCGGUCAACAUGAUCUCCGCCGUCAAGCAGAAGAGCGCCUUCGCCCCCGUGGUGCGGCCGCAGGCAUCCCCCCCGCCCACCUGCACCAGCGCCAGCGGGAACAGCCUGCAGGACCAGACCUUCGAGGAGUCGGCGGACAAGUUCCACACGCCAUCUCGCUCGCUCCAGGGACUGGCUUAUUCCUAA